CGGUGUGAGUGAGGGGAGAGAGCCCGCGGGGGUGGGGGGCAAGGCACGGGCUCGGGUCCCGUUACAGGGCGGCGGACGCGGCCGUUGGCGGCGGGAGGAGCAGGAGCAGCCGGCGGCGCGCCGCGGAGGAAGGAAGCUCAGGGCUGGCCGCUGCGUGUGCAACCUGGCUGUUCCUGCUGCCCGCGUCCACUCGCGGCUUUUCCUGCCGGUGCUGCCUGACAGCCGACUGCCGUGGGUGUUGUCGCCGGGGUCUUUGGCGGGGGGCAGGAAGAGCGAGCCGUCCUAAGCAGCCCGGAGGCGUGAUUGAAAGCGAGCAAUAAUUAACUGAAGGAGGAAGAGGAGGAGGAGGACGGGGGUGGAGGAAGACGAAGGAAGAAGGCACCGCGCGGCAGAGCCCAGCCGAGCCAGCGAUCGGCGGCGGGACGCGGCAACUUCGUCCGCAGCGGAGGAGCCGGAGCCCGAGUCUUGACCGCAGCGGCGGCCGCCGCGUCAGCCCGUGCCUACCCUGCCCGAGGGGAGAGAGCCGCGCCGCCUCCCCGGCCGCCGGACAUGUCGGAGCAUAAGGCCGUUGAUCCCAAGUUAUCGACGACGGACAGGGUGGUGAAAGCUGUCCCGUUUCCUCCGAGUCACCGUCUCACAGCUAAGGAAGUGUUCGAUAAUGAUGGCAAACCUCGUGUGGAUAUCUUAAAGGCACACCUCAUGAAAGAAGGCAGGCUGGAAGAGAGCGUUGCUUUGAGAAUAAUAACAGAGGGAGCUUCAAUUCUUCGCCAGGAAAAGAACUUGCUGGACAUAGAUGCCCCAGUCACAGUUUGUGGAGACAUCCAUGGUCAGUUCUUUGACUUGAUGAAACUGUUUGAAGUGGGAGGUUCCCCUGCUAACACACGGUAUCUCUUCCUGGGGGACUACGUGGACAGAGGGUACUUCAGCAUCGAAUGUGUGCUGUACUUGUGGGCCUUGAAAAUCCUCUACCCCAAAACACUGUUUUUACUUCGUGGGAAUCAUGAAUGUAGACAUUUAACAGAGUAUUUCACAUUUAAGCAAGAAUGUAAAAUCAAAUACUCAGAACGCGUAUAUGAUGCCUGCAUGGAUGCCUUCGACUGCCUUCCCUUGGCUGCUCUGAUGAACCAACAAUUCCUGUGUGUGCAUGGUGGCUUGUCUCCAGAGAUCAACACCUUAGAUGACAUCAGAAAAUUAGAUCGAUUCAAGGAACCUCCUGCGUACGGACCUAUGUGUGACAUCCUGUGGUCAGACCCACUGGAGGACUUUGGAAAUGAGAAGACUCAGGAACACUUUACUCACAACACAGUCAGGGGGUGCUCGUACUUCUACAGUUACCCUGCUGUGUGUGAAUUCCUACAGCACAAUAACUUGUUAUCUAUACUCCGAGCUCACGAAGCCCAGGAUGCUGGGUAUCGUAUGUACAGGAAAAGCCAGACAACAGGCUUCCCUUCACUAAUCACAAUUUUUUCAGCACCAAACUAUCUAGAUGUAUACAAUAACAAAGCUGCAGUAUUGAAAUACGAGAACAACGUUAUGAAUAUCAGACAGUUCAACUGCUCCCCUCAUCCCUACUGGCUUCCAAACUUCAUGGAUGUGUUUACCUGGUCCUUGCCGUUUGUGGGUGAGAAAGUGACAGAGAUGCUGGUAAAUGUGCUGAAUAUCUGCUCAGAUGAUGAACUGGGAACAGAGGAAGAUGGCUUUGAUGGAGCAACAGCUGCUGCUCGAAAGGAGGUCAUAAGGAACAAGAUAAGAGCAAUAGGAAAAAUGGCUAGAGUUUUCUCAGUGUUAAGAGAGGAGAGUGAAAGUGUGCUGACACUGAAAGGUUUGACUCCAACAGGAAUGCUGCCCAGUGGUGUUCUCUCUGGAGGAAAACAAACACUGCAAAGCGCUACUGUUGAGGCUAUUGAGGCUGAUGAAGCUAUCAAAGGAUUUUCACCCCAGCAUAAGAUCACUAGCUUCGAAGAGGCCAAAGGCUUAGAUCGAAUUAACGAGCGAAUGCCUCCGCGCAGAGACGUGCCAUCCGAUGCCAACCUUAACUCCAUCAACAAGGCAAUCUCCACAGAGACUAAUGGCACGGACAGCAACGGCAGUAAUAGCAGCAAUAUUCAGUGACCGCCGAUCCGGGAGGGGGGGGUUGAGCUGCAGGGCGCGAGGGGGUUGCUGCACAUCAGCAGUGGGAUGUUCUUGCCUCUGAUAAUAGCUUACUUGCUCUGGGGGCCAGGUGUUGGAUUCAGUUUACAAAAACCAUCAACAAAAAAAAAAGAGAUCGUCAAACUUUAAUUUGGUGGGGGAGGGGGGAGGGAGGGGCUGUGGGGGGGGGGAGAGACACCUCCUUUGGAUAUGCCUUUAAAAAUGCUUGUAGAAAAAAAAGCCCCACAAAACAAAAAUUGAAAGCUUGUGCUGGUAUAUAUUGCAAAGCUGGGGGAGUGAACGUGUUUUCCUACUGCAUCGGGAACCUCUAGAUGUGUUGCUGAAAGGCCUUUUGUUAUGUUACUGGACAUGAAAAACUUUGUUUAAUUUCUUACUCUAACUAUUGUACGUUUACAGUUGCAGCACUAAACAUGGACAACAUCCAAACAUUUUUAACAAAGUGUACAAACUAAAUAAGGACUAUUUAUUGAUAAUGUUUUGCUACUCUUGUCAGACAAUGGCUAUGGAAUAAAUUAGGCAGUCUUUAAAACUAUAAGGGGG